AUGAGUGUUCACCGUACACCGUUCAUCGUUCACCGUUCAUCCUUCGCCGUUCACAGCUCAUCGUACACCGUUCAUCCUUCGCCGUUCACAGUUCAUCGUUCAUCGUUCAUCCUUCGCCGUUCACAGUUCAUCGUUCACCGUUCAUCCUUCGCCGUUCACAGUUCAUCGUUCACCGUUCAUCCUUCGCCGUUCACAGUUCAUCGUUCACCGUUCAUCCUUCGCCGUUCACAGUUCAUCGUUCACCGUUCAUCCUUCGCGGUUCACAGUUCAUCGUUCACCGUUCAUCCUUCGCCGUUCACAGUUCAUCGUUCACCGUUCAUCCUUCGCCGUACAGCGUUCAUCGUUCACCGUUCAUCCUUCGCCGUUCACAGUUCAUCCUUUGCCAUUCGCAGUUCAUCGUUUACCGUUCACAGUUCAUCGUUCACCGUUCAUCCUUCGCCGUUCACAGUUCAUCGUUCACCGUUCAUCCUUCGCCGUUCACAGUUCGUCGUUCACCGUUCAUCGUUCACCGUUAAUCCUUCGCCGUUCACAGUUCAUCGUUUACCGUUCACAGUUCAUCGUUCACCGUUCAUCCUUACCCGUUCACAGUUCAUUGUUCACCGCUCAGCCUUCGCCGUUCACAGUUCAUCGUUUACCGUUCACAGUUCAUCGUUAACCGUUCAUCCUUCGCCGUUCACAGUUCAUCGUUCACCGUUCAUCCUUCGCCGUUCACAGUUCAUCGUUCACCGUUCACAGCUCAUCGUUCACCAUUCAUCCUUCGCCGUUCACAGUUCAUCGUUCACCGUUCACAGUUCACCGUUCUCAAAAAUCUCUGAUAUAUUAUUGGAUUAA